GAUCCUGAGCACGAUGGAGACGCGAAUGGUAAGAUGGAUACUUGGCUAACGAGAAGAUACUGCGUCGCGAACGCUGAUGUACGGCGCAUUUUCGGAGUUGCACCUAUCGCAGAUAAGAUGCAAGGUGCCAGAUUACGAUGAUCCACAUGGGGAAAAGACCACGUGGCCGGCCGAAGCAACGCUGGUUGGACACCAUUCGAAACGACUUAUGCAUUGCAAAGCUCAAAUCACAAGAAGCAGCUGAUCGAGUCAAGUGAAAGCAAAAAUGCACCACCGCCGACUCUGCCCCCGCAGGACAAUGGCGAGGAUAAAGAAGAAGAAGAAGAAAUUACUACUGUCAUGCAUGCUGCUAACUUUCGCCCAUGCUGCAAUCAUGUUGACGGAGACAUGGGCGGCUACAUCGUGUCAGAGAAUCUUGGACCACGAACGCCAUGCCAGAAGCGUCGGGGUAUUGUGGCAGAAGAUGCAACGACUGCGGAAUCUGUUCUGUCAUUUUUCAGGCAAAUUCGUGAUGCUGAUUAAUGCGAGACUAGUUAUGACGGUAAGAUCCAAAAUGAAUGUUUUUGUAAACACAAUUCCGAUAACCCACUGAUU